AAAAUGACGUUUGUUGUCAGUUGCGCUUUGUUAUCGUCGCGAUUAUUUUCUACAUUCUUUAAAAGGAACAAAUUCUUGUGUAUACAUACAGUCAAAUCUCUUAUGGAUAAACGUGAUGCAGCGAAGUCAACCAUGGAACUCGUCAAUAUCCCGCCAAUCGUUUCCAUAUACCGGCAUGCUCUUCAUACCUUCGAUGACAGGUACAAAAAUGAUCUUUUGAUUAAUUUGGAUAAACUGAAGUCUAUGAUGGACAUACUGAAAUCUGAGGACUUGGGCUACGACGAUAACUUAAAAGACAAAGCGCUUUGGCGGCAACCCGAUAAAGCACCCUGUACGUACAUAGAAGUUUUUCAAAACGACCAAAUAAACAUGAGUAUUUUUGUUUUAAAACCGGGUUUUAAAAUGCCGCUGCAUGACCACCCACAUAUGCACGGCCUUCUCAAAGUGAUUUCUGGUGCUGUGAAAAUUAGAAGUUUUUCCGAGUACCCACUAAAGCAGAAUGUCAAUCCCUUGGAGUUCCAAAGCAUUGCGAGGAAAGAAGCAGCGCGACUAGCGAGCGGCCACCACAAGCGACGGAAAUUAUAUGCUGAAGUCACCUGCGAAAAAGUUUGUUCUGAAAACACCAGUACUUGUAUGUUGACACCCACCAUGUCCAACUACCACGAGCUCGAGGCACUAGACAUGCCAGCGGCCUUCUUUGACAUCCUCUCUCCACCCUACGACACAUUGAUAGAAGGCAUAGGACCAAGACGAUGCCGCUACUACUAUGUCUCCAAUGAAAUAAGCACCAACGUAGUGGAAUUGCAUGAAACUGAAGUGCCAAAAUGUUUCUACUGUGAUCAAGCACCGUAUUUAGGACCAAUACUUGGUUAGGUACAAAUUUACUAUAAUUUAGGUAGCUAUUUGAAGUUUUAUAGAAAAAUAUUAAGUUCCUCGCCAUAUAAUAGUAUUUUUCUUGAUACCUUCUAUCAAUUACUAAUCUUGAUAUGCAAAUAUUCUAAUGUCUCCUUCACGUUUUAUGCAGUAUUUGUUCUAUUCAUAUGUAUACAUUGGUUAAUGUUUUUCUAGCAAAUUUAUAAUGAAUUAUCACAUUAUAGUCUCUAUGUCCUACACUAUACAAGUUACCAUUAAAAUUAGCCGUUGUCAUAGUAAACAUUACUGGGUGUUGUAUGCAUUUAUCCAUAGCUGUAUGAAGUAGAAAUAAAGUUAUUGGAAGUCCGUACAUUAUCAAAUAUUAAAGUAGAAGAUUGAAUUUGUUAUUACAAAAACUAUAUUGCGUAAUUUACAAUUUUAUUAGAUUUGAAUGUUUACCUUCCAUUUGUAUGUGAAAUGCAUAUAAAAUUGGAGCUUACAAGAUUUAUUAUACAAAAAUACUAGUGGCAGUAUGCUUAAUGUGUUAUUUAUAAAUGUUGAUGGAUGUGAAGUAUUGACAAUUUGCAUUAUUGUUGUUAUUGGUUGUCUUAUACUUAAUGGAGUUACUAUAAUUCUAUUUCUAAGUCAAGGAAAUGAUGUUUAUUUAAUUUGAUGCUUGUUUUGUUCUUUUUGUUAGGCUCUUGACUCUUUAUCUGUGACUUCUGUAAAUUUUUUGUAAUUUUUAUGAAAAUUUAUAAUUUAAUUAUAACGGACCACGAAUUAGGAUUUUAAUGGCUUUCAAACUUAAUCUUUCAGUUAAUUUAAAUUAUAUUUCUUGUAAUGUUUAUAUCUUGGGAUGUAUGUUUUAAAACUCUCUGUUUUUUAUUUUCUUUUCCACUUACCUACCUAUGUAUGUGUCAUUAGUAUUGUUUUAGUUAGAUUAUACAAUUCACCAUUGUCUUGUGCGAUAUACCUGUUAUACUGGGCUGACAAGAAUUUACAAUCCACAGUGAUAUGCCCCGGAUUUUCAUCACAAUAAACUAGAAUAAGUUACGGACAUAUUUCAAUGAUAUAUUGACAAGUCAAACAUUAGUUUUUUUUUUGAGGCUUUAAACAUCAUGGAUGUAUUACAAUUUUAUACGUAAAAAUAUGACAAUUCUUUUACAAUAGCACUGUUUUUUUUUAACAAUUAUGUAUUGAUUCUUUAUGUCAUCGUCUUACAAUAUUUUUUAUUUGCUAUAAGAUGUAUUUUGUAACAUUUUAAGUUGAAAGUGAAAGAAUGUUCACAACAUUCCAACAUUAUCGUGUUGUACUUCUAAAUAUUCAUUCGUCAUUUUGGGUAUGUAGCAUUAUUAAUUGAUCUCUAAAAUCAUUAUUCGUAACGUCAUUGUAAUAGUUAGAUAUUAAAUAAAUCUUAAAUAUUGCACUUGUAAAAUUGUAUUUGUAGGGAAGCGUGAAUUAUUUCCUUUGUGAUGCCAGAAUUGAAUUUAUGAAAAUUUUAACAAAAUUUUAAUGAUGCACUGUUAAUGUAUAAGGAAAUUUUAUAGAAAUAAGUUUUUGUUUUCCAAAAGUAGU